AUGUCCGAGGAGGCUGAAAUUAAUCGCGAAGGAACGAUGAUUGCCGUAUCGAAGAUUGAAGAGUUAGAAGAGUCUCCUAAUCGAAUCAGCAAAGAAGAACUGAUUAAAAAACGAUUAGCCUAUCUAGAAAAUCGGAAGUCCAUCUUACAGCCCAAAGCCAUCAACAGGAUACCGAACAUGAAGGAACAAAUGGAGACUAGCCUGAAAUUAUUACAAUUCGUCGCCGAUUCCCAAUUGACUCUGACUCAAGUGAACGGUCAAAGGAAACUUGGCCCUCCUCCAGGAUGGACAGGACCUCCUCCAGGUCCGAAAUGCGAGAUUUUCGUCGGCAGCAUCCCACGAAACUAUUACGAGCCCGAGAUCGUUCUGAUAUUCAGUUCCGUGGGGAAUAUCUACGAAUUACGCCUGAUGAUGGAAUUUUCGGGCACGAACAGAGGUUACUGUUUCAUUAUGUACGCCACCGAAGAGGAAGCUGCACGUGCAGUUAAAGAAUUAGAUCAAUACGAGGUUUAUCCUGGAAAAAGGAUCGGCGUAGUCGCUAGUACGAAUAAUUGUCGACUUUACAUCAAUCAGUUGCCUCGAACAAUUGAUACCGCAUCUAUCGUUAAGAAAAUCUACGAGGUGACGGACGAUAUCGAUAAAGUUUCUGUUUAUAGAAAUUUGACAGGUUUGGUUAGUUACGCGCUGGUUUCUUAUAAAACCCAUCGUGGUGCCGCUAUGGGGAGAAGAAGGCUAGCGCCUGAAUCGGCGACGCUUUUUAAUAACUGUGAGGUCAAUGUUGAGUGGGCUAAUUUGAACAUGACACCUUCGAAUGUGGUAUGUAUGAAUAUAAUUUUGCUUUGUUAG